GCAUGCGAGUCCUUGAUAACGCCGCAUACACCCAAGAUGAAGGACAUAAGGUCUCUCGCAUCGAUAUUUCUACUUCUAAACCUUACUAGCUCUGCUACUGCACUUUGGGGCCUAUCCAUCCCUGUUCCACAACAGCAGCAGCCGCUAGUUCCAUCGCAGGGUCAACAAUCCAUUAUGAAUAAAUUCAUCCCAGAUAUCAUCAAAUCCAAAGUUACAGCUCCGAGUGAGGACUUUGUCGGUGGCGCAGACCAACCAGUUGUCUCGGAUGUUCUUCCAAAGACAAAAGGCAUCAAUAUAUUUGCUCAAAUGACCCGAGAUUUCGACUCCAUCUCUUCGCGCCUUAAUGACGCCUCCCACAACAUCACAGUCCUAGCCCCGCGUAACAGUGCUGUGCAGGACCUACCCCGCAAGCCAUGGGAGGAUCCUGAAGACUGUGCUAAGUUUGGAGGAGUGCAUGCUUAUGAGGGUAGUGAUGGCCAGGAGCGGGCGAGACGCAAUCUGCGGCGUUUCGUAGAGGCUCAUAUUGUUCCUGUCAGCCCGUGGCGGGAGGGCGAAGAGGUCGAAAGCCUGGGAGGAGAGAAGUUGAAGUGGUCAAAAGAGGGCGACAAGGUUAUUCUCCAACCGGGAAACAUCGAGGUGGAUACCGUCGCUGAGAAAGUCGCCAAUGGAGAAGUCUGGGUGUUGAAUGGCGUAAUCAACUACCGCUCGGAUUGA